AUGGAUACAGAAGUUCACGAAAUCACUGAGCCAGAAGCUAUUAAAAGAAAAAGAGAAGACCCAGAAGUCGAAAUUCAAAAUUCAGAGCUUCCACAAGCUGAAAACGCAUGCCAGCCUCAAUUAAAAGUAUUCAAACCUUCUGAACAAGAUGAAGAAGAAGACGAAGAAUUCAUCCCUCCACCGGCUCCUCAGGAAGAGGACACUGAAGAAAUUCAAGGGGAUAGCGAGGAGGAAAGCCCAGAAAAGCCUGAAAACUUUGACGUCGAAGAUUACAAAAAAUUCAAAGCAAGUCUCGAAAAAGAGGGAGACCUAAGCACUGAAACAUCAGAAGGCUCACCUGAAAAAACAGAAAAUAAACAGCUUGAGAUGAAUCCUCAAGAAAUCUAA